GGUACGGUGAGGAUUUCCGGAGAAGAUGGGGAGAAAAAAGAUCCAGAUCCAGCGGAUCACGGACGAGCGCAAUCGACAGGUGACCUUCACCAAGCGCAAGUUCGGCUUGAUGAAGAAAGCCUACGAGCUGAGCGUCCUGUGCGACUGCGAGAUCGCCCUGAUCAUCUUCAACCACUCCAACAAGCUGUUCCAGUAUGCCAGCACCGACAUGGACAAGGUGCUGCUCAAGUACACGGAGUACAAUGAGCCCCACGAGAGCCGGACCAACGCGGACAUCAUCGAGACAUUAAGAAAGAAAGGUUUUAACGGCUGUGACAGCCCGGAGCCCGACGGCGAUGACUCGAUAGACCAGAGCCCCUUGAUGGAGGAUAAAUACCGUAAAGGCAGCGAGGAUCUGGAUAUCCUGUUCAAGCGAUACGGUUCCGCAGUGCCCGCUCCGAACUUCGCCAUGCCCGUGACGGUGCCGGUGACCAACCAAAACACGCUGCAGUUCAGCAACCCGGGCAGCUCGCUGGUGACCCAGUCCCUGGUGACCUCCUCGCUGACGGACCCCCGGCUCCUCUCACCGCAGCAGCCGGCGCUGCAGAGAAACACCGUGUCCCCAGGGCUGCCUCAGAGGCCGGCCAGCGCAGGGGCGAUGCUCGGGGGAGACCUGAACAACACGAACGGAGCCUGCCCGAGCCCCGUGGGAAACGGCUACGUGAGUGCCAGAGCCUCUCCGGGUCUUCUUCCCGUGUCCAACGGCAGCAGCUUGGGCAAGAUCAUCCCGGCCAAGUCCCCGCCACCGCCCUCCCACAGCACGCAGCUCGCCACCAACAGCCGCAAGCCGGAUUUACGCGUGAUCACCUCGCAGAGCGGGAAGGGGCUAAUGCACCAUUUGACGGAGGACCACUUGGCUCUGCAGAACACGCAGCGGUUAGGUGUCUCCCAAGCGACUCACUCUUUAACCACACCGGUUGUUUCUGUGGCUACUCCGAGUUUGCUGACGCAGGGGCUGCCUUUCUCUGCCAUGCCCACGGCGUACAACACAGAUUAUCAGCUGACGAGCGCUGAGUUGUCUUCACUGCCAGCAUUCAGCUCACCUGGUGGGCUGUCCCUUGGCAACAUCUCUGCCUGGCAGCAGCAGCAGCAGCAGCAACAGCAGCAGCAGCAGCAGCAACAACAGCAGCAGCAACAGCAGCAACAGCAGCAGCAACAGCAGCAGCAGCAACAGCAGCAGCAGCAGCAGCAACAGCAGCAGCAGCAGCAGCACCUGGUUCCUGUAUCACUAGGAAAUUUAAUACAAGGGAGUCACUUGUCCCACACCACCACUUUGACUGUCAACACCAACCCCAACAUCAGCAUCAAGUCGGAGCCCGUCUCACCCAACCGGGAAAGAAACACUGCCACCCCGCUCAGCACUUUCCCCCACCAGCCCCGGCACGAGCCCACCGGCCGCUCGCCCGUCGACAGCCUCAGCAGCAACACCAGCUCCUACGAAGGCAGCAGCGAGCGGGACGAUCCCGCCCGCCCCGAUUUCGGCUCAUCCCUGGGCCUCCUGCGACCCACCAGCGAGCCCGAGGGGGAGAGCCCCUCCGUAAAGCGCAUGCGGUUGGAUACCUGGGUCACAUAACGGGUCCCCGCCGUCCUUGGGAACG